AUGCCGAACCGACAUUCAAUAGUGCCUAACCUCGAUCUGAGCUCCUUCAGGAUCGAGUCGAGAAAGGAGAAUGUCUCAUCGCCUUUGACACCAAAUGACCACAGCUCUAACGUCCCAACCCCCUUAACACCUCGUUCGCCCAAAUCUGCAUCCAGCUCUCCACUGUUCAAAGGCGCAACAAUCCGCCCGGUCACGCAAGACUCCGACAGCAAGUCAACCAGUCCUACUCUCCCACUUUCUCCUGGCGCAGGGCCCCCCGAGCCUAUGACACCCGGUAUCACAGCCAUUCCUCAGCAUUUCCCUUCUCCCAAAGACUCCCGACAUGGGCGCGAUGUCUCAAAAUCGUUUUUCGGCAACCUUAAAGCGCCGAAAUCAUCACACAGGUCACAACGCUCCGAUAGCUCGGAGAACUCCACCGAACAUCCCAAGAGCAGAGGCAGUUCCAGAGAGCGGAAGAGAGCAGUGACUCCGAAACCGUACGAGUCAACGCCUGAUCUUCCAGGGGCACUUGCACGUGCGACGGCAGCUGAAAAGACUAAUGCACUCUCUGGCAACAAGAAUACACAGCAACCAGUCAAGAAAGUCCCUACAGAUCUGGAGUCCGCCGCGCCGAAGAAAAACAAACAACGAUUCGCAAACCUUUUGACCCGAUCUCGCUCCAUUCGAGUUGACGACUCCUCCGGACCCAGACCCCCACGCCGACGUCCGUCUACUGGUCUGGCGAAACUUGAAGAGUUCAGCCAAGCCGCAACAACGCCCGCGAAUCCACCCCGUUGUGCGACUGCGGUCCCCGAACGUACCACCCGAGGAGGCUUGCAACCUCCUGAGCGCCAAGCUGACGCCAUUUCUUUGCGAAAAGAGCGCAGCCACGGCAACAUGGUUGCGUCGGGCUCGUUGAGUCAAGUUUCCGGCGCCUCGGCUACCAUUUUCAGCAAUCUCAAGUCCUCAGGAAGCAGCACUGCAGAUCGUAUUGGAAAGGCUGGGAAAGGAUUCUUCGGCAAGAUCACACGCAGUGGCAGCACCAACGAGAGAGAGAUGAUCACCGAUGACUCGUACACGUGCUCGGUCAUCAACCUCCCGCUCAUUGAGCAGGCGAGAAAGACCCGUAUUGCGAAGAAACUCGAAGACUGCAGAGACAAGACCGAGUUCUGGAUGCCGGCCUUGCCAUACCGCUCAAUCGAUUAUCUCAACUUCAAGGGUUGUGAGGAAGAGGGCCUUUACCGUGUCCCCGGUAGCGGCAGAGAGGUCAAGCACUGGCAACGACGAUUUGACACAGAGCUCGACAUCGAUCUCUUCGACGUCCCCGAUCUUUACGACAUUAAUACGGUUGGAUCUCUCUUCAAAGCCUGGCUUCGCGAGCUUCCAGAUGAGCUUUUCCCCAAGUCAACGCAAACGAUGAUCGCUAUGAAGUGUGAAGGCGCUACGACCGCACCACAGCUACUCAAAGACGAGCUCUCCAAGUUACCCCCAUACCAUUACUAUCUCCUCUUCGCCAUCACCUGCCACCUCAACCUCCUUCACUCAUACGUGGACCAGAACAAAAUGGACUACCGCAACUUGUGCAUCUGCUUCCAGCCCUGUAUGAAGAUCGACGCAUUCUGCUUCCAAUUCUUGGUGUGUGACUGGAAGAACUGCUGGCAGGGAUGCUGGACCGAGAAGGAAUACCUUGAGAUUGAGAGGAAGAUGGACGAGCGCGACAAGCGGGUCUCGGUAGAGCAGGAGGUUGCCAAGGCAAAGGAACAGGCCAGCCAUGAACGCGCUAUCUCGUCUUCCAGCAGCAGCGCUGGGGAAGAACCUCGUGCGUCUCCUGAGGAGCCAACUCGCCCGCCAACCUCACGCCCAGCGACCGCCGUUCGCCCAGAAACUGCUCGUCCAGCAACCGCUCGCACCCGAAAGGCUCCGCCGAAGCAUAUCGACACGGCGCACAACCGGAGCAUCUCUCAGCUUCCCGAGCUUGGCCCGCCGCUCUCUCCUAUCAAGAUCUAA